GUUCGCAUGGUCGAGGGGUAACAUGCCAGGCCAAAACUAUCCCGGCGAAAGUGGGUCGGGCCGUGGGCCCAAUUGGGAGUACAACUGGGGUUGGGGCUCUGCUCCAGGAUCUGGAUGGGGAUUCGGAUCAGGCUCGGGUAGAUCACCAACAGGAUGGGGAAGAGGAUCCGGAUACGGUUAUGGAUCCGGAUCCGGAUCAGGUACCGGAUAUGGAUAUGGUUCUGGAGGUGGUGGAGCACGUGGUGGUGGAUAUGGUUAUGGAAGCGGAAAUGGCCGGUCUGGUGGCGGUGGUGGUGGUGGUGGUUCCAACGGUGAAGUUGCCGCUUUGAGCCACGGUAGUAAGAUUCAUCCGUAAGGAUGUUUUAUUUGGUUAUUUCUCCCAACUAAAAUAUUUUGGGAGGAGUAUAAGUGUUUGUAAGAUUAAAGAUUAUUAGGUUUG